AUGGCAACUCAAGUCACUAUGGCCACCCCAACCUGCUGCAGCAAGAGCACCGACGGCGAGUGUGUCUGUGCCAAGCAGGCCACCUGCUCCUGCGGCGAGAAAUCCGCUCUCCAGUGCGUCUGUGACAAGGCCGAAGUCGAGAACAGCCUCAGAGGCCCCCGAUGUUCCUGCCGUGCCCGCCCUGCUGGCCAGUGCAACUGCGAUAACGCCACAACCGAGAACCGCCCGGUCGACAGCGAGGCCUGCGAGUGUGGCUCGCGUCCUGCCGGAUCGUGCACAUGCGAGCUUGCCGCGGCCGCCGUGAACCCGAACGAGGUCGACUUUACGACCAAGAAAUAG